UUGGAGAGAGUCAAAGACAUUUAGCACGACUGGAUCUCAGGUCAACUGCGUCCUCUUCGUCCGAUGAGCAGACGAGUUUUGACAACAGUUCUCUCGCUUUGGGUUUCCACGGGUGCGCGCUCAAGCGGGAUGGAGCGCGCAGAACAGGCCUGGAUCAAGUUACAGUCCCAGACUUUUCAAGGCAACAUUUUUUUUCUCUCUCCAUCAAAGAAGUGGGGGAUGGUGAGUGCACUCUCAAUUUGGUUUCCUUAAACUUUGUUCUUUAGAGAAAUCCUCAAUCCUUAAUUGUGCGUUGGACGUUUUUAACUGGUUUCCGCGGAGCUUUUGUACAAUGAAGAGAUUUUCAAGAGUAUGUGAGCCAGGAAAGACACAUAAAAAACUUUGGAAUCGGACGAAAAGACGUUUCUUUUGAUGGAGAAAAAAAGUGCCAUCACGGAUCUAGGAAAUAUCCGCAUUUUGGUUACUUAAGUGCUUGAAACCUUUGCGCGCAUAACUCACGAGUGGAGAAAGUUUAUUUGGAAACAUUUGAUGUAACAUUGUUACAUUGUCACGUCCCCAAGAUGUCCUCCAAGCGCAACUGCUCCAUUGUUGGAUGUUUUUGGAUGCUUUGGAUCUGUGCAGCCACAUCUACGGUCGCUCGGGCGGUCAUUUUGCACACAAAUGAAACGGUGUCCAACGACUAUUGUAAGAAAACGUCAACUUGCGAAGUGCUGAAAUACAAUACGUGUCUGGGGUCACCUUUGCCUUAUACUCACACGUCUCUGAUUCUGGCUGAAGAUUCAGAAACUCAGGAGGAAGCUUUGGAUAAACUGGCCAUGUGGUCUGGGCUGAGAAAUGCUCCUCGCUGUUGGGCGGUCAUUCAGCCACUGCUGUGUGCCAUUUACAUGCCAAAGUGUGAGAAUGGAAAGGUGGAACUGCCCAGCCAACACCUGUGCCAAGCUACACGCAAACCUUGCAGUAUUGUUGAGCAGGAGAGGGGCUGGCCCAGCUUCCUCAAAUGUGAAAAUAAGGACAAUUUCCCUGAAGGUUGCCAGAACGAAGUCCAGAAGAUCAAGUUCAGUAAUAUAUCAGGAAAGUGUGAGGCUCCUUUGGUCAAAACCGAUAUCCAGGCAAGCUGGUACAAGGAUGUUGAAGGCUGUGGGAUACAGUGCAACAAUCCCUUGUUUACAGAGGAUGAGCACUCUGACAUGCACAGCUACAUCGCCAUCUUUGGCUCCCUCACUCUCCUCUGUACCUUCUUCACACUGGCCACAUUUCUUGCAGACUGGAAGAAUUCUAAUCGUUACCCUGCUGUCAUCCUGUUUUAUGUCAAUGCAUGCUUCUUUAUUGGAAGUAUUGGAUGGCUCGCUCAGUUCAUGGAUGGAGCCCGCAAGGAGAUUGUGUGCAAAAGUGACGACACCAUGCGGCUUGGAGAGCCAUCGUCCACUGAGACACUAUCAUGUGUGAUUAUCUUCGUCCUUGUGUAUUACUCUCUUAUGUCGGGGGUCAUUUGGUUUGUUAUGCUCACCUAUGCCUGGCACACGUCAUUCAAAGCCCUGGGCACCACCCACCAGCCUCUGUCUGGAAAAACCUCUUAUUUCCACCUGGUCACAUGGUCCAUUCCUUUCAUACUGACAGUUGCCAUACUGGCCAUUGCAGAGGUGGAUGGCGAUUCUGUUAGUGGCAUUUGCUUUGUCGGCUAUAAGAACUACAGAUAUCGUGCAGGGUUUGUUCUGGCUCCCAUCGGGGUGGUCCUUGUCAUAGGCGGGUAUUUCCUGAUACGAGGAGUCAUGACAUUGUUUUCCAUUAAGAGUAACCAUCCGGGCCUUCUUAGUGAAAAAGCUGCUAGUAAAAUCAACGAGACCAUGCUGAGGCUUGGUAAGUUUGGGAAUAUGGAUUUAAAAUCUUACAAUUGUAUAUCUAAAAUUAGUUUAUGUAAGAAUUCAGUCCCUAUAGUUCUGUUUUUAAAGGUCUCUUUCUGUAUCACAGGUAUAUUUGGAUUCUUGGCCUUUGGUUUUGUUUUAAUUACUUUUGGCUGCCAUUUCUAUGACUUUUUUAAUCAAGCCGAGUGGGAGAAAAGCUUCAGGGAAUAUGUACUAUGUGAGGCCAACGUCACCAUUGCUCAUCAGACCAACAAGCCGAUCCCAGAGUGUGCCAUCAAGAACAGGCCCAGUCUGCUGGUGGAGAAGAUCAACCUUUUCUCAAUGUUCGGCACGGGCAUUGUAAUGAGCACGUGGGUUUGGACGAAGGCCACCAUCCUCAUCUGGAAACGCACAUGGUGCAGAAUCGUUGGACGUAGUGAUGAUGAGCCGAAACGGAUCAAGAAGAGUAAAAUGAUCGCCAAGGCAUUCUCAAAGAGAAAAGAACUGCAGAAGGAUCCAGAGAAAGAGCUGACCUUCAGCAUGCACACUGUCUCUCAUGAGGGACCUGUGGCGGGUAUUAACUUUGACCUGAAUGAGCCAUCCUUGGAAAUGUCUUCUGCUUGGGCUCAACAUGUGACUAAGAUGGUGGCUAGAAGAGGGGCAAUCUUACCACAAGACAUCUCAGUGACACCCACUGGAACACCUGUUCCACAACCAGAGGAGAUGAACAGGCUCUGGAUGGUUGAAGCAGAAAUUUCCCCUGAAAUGAUGAAAAGAAAGAAGAAGAAGAGGAGAAAGAAGGAGGCACGUCCAAAGGGACCUAAAGUGGAUGAAGGGAAUCAUUUCUACCCUUGCAGAGAGUUUGGCACCAGUGCAGUGCCACGCCUCCCAAAGCUGCCUGGUCACCGGAGUCUGGUGACUAACCUGUGGGAACAGCGGCGACAAAACCAGGAAGAUCAGCAUGUGCUUCCAGGAGCCUAUCCAGAAUUCAGGCCUUCCUGUUCGCUUCCCUACCAGGAGAGGAGGUAUGAUGGGCUUGGAUACCUUCCCUCCAACUCAUGCAAUAAACCCUCCAAUCUACCGCUUGCCAACCCCCUGACACUAAGGGAUAGCAUGCAACACGACUCAAGUCGCUUCCAACAAUCAUCAUGGCAACCAAAUGGGGGUUUCCGCCACCUCGGGCAGGAGUCUUGUGUGAUUGAUGGUGGUAGGACUGCCAUCGUGCCACAAGCAGAUGGCAGGAGGGGUGUUCCAAUACAUUCCAGAACCAAUCUUAUGGAGGCUGAGUUAAUGGAUGCAGACUCAGAUUUUUAAGCCCUUGGAGUUGGUGGUGCCUUGAUGGAUUAUAACUGUGCUGGCUCCACUUUUCUUUAAGUAUAUUGCUUUUUCAUGCACCCAUCAUGAUAUUAUAGAACACAGACCAUGAAUUGCAGUUAGUUAUGAUUUGACUUUAUUAAAAAGUCAGACAUUUAUGUGUUCAAAACACUGGCAACUUGGGGCUUUCAUGCCAUGUAUGAUUCUGCAAUGUUCCGUGGUGCCCAUUUCUUUUGUUUGCUUGCUGGGCUACUAUGACAUCGUUUUGACGACUUGUAUUGUUUUGAAACAAGUUAGUGUGUCAUGGGGCCACACGAUUUCUGAUCUUGGCUUAAAGGUGAAGUGUGGAAUUUCUGCGGCACUACAGCUCCAGGGUUCCCCAGCACUCUUGCCAUCAAUCAUUGGUAAAAAAACAGAUCGUCCCGAUACAAACUCAUGCCAUUGGUUGAGCCAAUGUUGCUGUGCUGGGCUGGUCAGGAUGUUUAAACAAACAGCAAUGUAUUGAAUGCACCACAGACCCACAGUGUUUACACUUUUCAUGAAUAUUAAUCUAUGGAUGGCUUAUUUACAAUCUCUGCAUAUGAAGCUGGGAUUUAAUAAAAUAUUUUAACAAUAUACGCGGCCCCCACAGUGAAAAAGGAAUGUGUUUCAUCUGUUGUUUGGAUAAUAGUUUGGAGAAUAGUCAUCUGUAGACUGACUUCAUAUCUGUUGGACCUUGGGAACACUUCUAUAGACCUAAAGAAAAGGAACUGACAGAAGUGGUGGUACAUUGGAAAAAAAGAAAUGUAUUCAUAGCUAUUAUUUUUACUUCAAAUCUUUUUGUUUUGGAAAAGUUGCCUGGUGCAAUCACAAACAAGUCCACCUCUCAUUCAAAGAAUUAGAGAAUGUAAAGGGCGUUGUUCUUGUUCUUUUAAAAAUAUGAAAGAUUUCCAUUGACAGUUAUUUCUGUACAGUGCUAUUAAAAAAUACUAUUUUUGUACUUUAGAUUGUUUUUUCCACCAGUCUUUUAUAUUAUAAUAUGUCAUAAUGUACAUACUUUAGAUAACAUAUUUUUGUUUCUUACACCCUUUGGAGUGAUGUUUGGUUUUUGGAAGCUCUGCGUCAUACAUAUAUGGAGAUGUCAAAAGGAUUUGUUUCUUGUUGUGCAUUUUUUUUAAAUGUUAAGCUCAUUUACACUUUAUAUUAUUUUUAUUUUUCAAUUUUGCAUUGGUCUUUGUUAAUAUCACUGGCAUUAUUAACAAAAUGGCAUCUGUGCAGCAUUUUAAAAGACAAAUUGAAGCUGCCCUUCAAGAAUGUAUUUUAAGUGUUUAAUGUAUUUUAAGUGUUUAAUGAAGAUUUUUGUGCUGUGUGACUGUGACAAAUCGUUUUUUUAACAUAACUUUUGCCAUUCCCUCGUGAGAGUGAGUAUUUCUUCAUCAAAUUGUACUCUAUUAGUGCCACACAACACAUUUUCAUUUGGAAUUGUAUUCCCUCUUUUGCCAGUAUUUCCACAUGUGUCUGUGUUUGUAAUCUUGCUGUUUUCAUGCCUACCAGUCUCAGACCAUUGUGUAUAUUUUAGUAUUGAUAAACCACCAUGAAUUAGUACAUUGUAUUGAAAUUCAAGUAAAAGAAAAAAGAUUCAAAUGAUAAAAUGUUAAAAGAUACAAGGUCAUUUUCAUCAUAUAAAGGAGAUGGUACAUUACCCCAUAAAACAUCAGACUAUAAUGGGUUUAAAGGUGCUCUUAGUUUUGUCUUUGCGUCAUCUUGGACUUACACUGACACUUACCGGCUUAGAUGCAGCAUCAUUUAAAAUCAAUAAUUUUCAGUUUCAGAUGACAUUAUAGAAGUUUAUUAUUCACAGUCAGCCAUGAUUACUGUAAUCAAUGAGUGAAAGUAACAGGACAGUUUCUGAGAAUAGUUUACGGCUGAUCAUGUGAUUCUAACAUGGCAGCCACCAUUAGGAGACCCUCUCCAUGUAGAUAAAACAACUUCUAUAAGGUUGAGGAUAUGACUGAAGUCUUCAUUUUAAUGUGAGUGGUCUUGAUUUCCUACAUAUAUUGCAAAAUUGCAAUUCAUGUCUUUAGGUGUUAAACUUUUUUAAUGAGGAAAAAAUUACUGAGUGCACCUUUAAUUAUGCCUCUCCAUAGUACAUUUUUUUUUAUUUCGGUACAAAACUGAAUCUUCAUAACUGAUACAUUGAUAUCUGCCAGUGUUUUAAGAGAGCUGUCAUAUUUUGUAAAUAGAUUAUUCAAAUAAACAGAAAA